AUGAUGAAGGUUCUUGAGAACUCGAGUAAACACAACACACCGAAGAAACAGAAAACGUUUCAACACUACCUCCCAGCCGGUGAUCGGUGCUACAGCUGUAUACACUGUCGGGCCAACUUGGCAGCCCAUUCGGAACUGAUCUCGAAGAGUUUUCAGGGCAGUCAAGGGAAGGCGUACUUGUUCAACGCAGUUGUGAACAUUGGAUGCGGGCCAGCCGAGGAGCGUGUCCUUUUGACCGGUCUUCAUGCGGUCGCCGAUAUUUAUUGUGAGAUCUGCAAGACGACGUUGGGAUGGAAAUAUGAACACGCCUUCGAAUCGAGUCAAAAGUACAAAGAGGGAAAGUUUAUAAUCGAGCUGGCACACAUGGUGAAAGACAACGGAUGGGAUGAGCAACACGACUCAUAA